AUGACGGACGACACUUUCCAAUUGAGCUCGUACAGCCAGCUCUGCAUCGACGCUCGGCUAUAUGACGAGAGCCUGAUGUACGAAGAUGCUCAGAUGGGCGAAGCGAACCUGCCGUAUGACAACUGGUUUUCCUUCGAUAUCAACGGCCACGCUGCCAUGGUAGACGCUUCAAAGCUCUGCGAUCCACAGCCUGUGUCUCUGUCCGGGGGCUCAGAAGGGGGCUCAGAAGCGAGCUCCCCCGCAUCGCCGACCUCGACAGACUCCUUUUACACACACCAGACCUCGCGGGACCCCAGCUUAUCUUACUUCCCGCCAUAUGCAAGCGCCAGCACGCCUGCGUCGUCGGCCUACAGCAGUCCGGAUGCCACCACUGGCCAAGAAGCGGCCUCGCCCUCGGAAUCGCCAACGUUUGCCUCAAGUGGCCGCGACUAUCCAGUUUGCUGCCUCCACCCUGGCUGCGAUGCGAAGCCCUUCAAGCGUCGCGCCGAUCUUGACCGUCACUACAAACACAAGCACGCUCCCUCUUCUCAGAAGGACUCGUAUCACUGCGAUUAUGCCCGCUGUGGCCGGCGUCGCGAUCCCUUUCACCGCCGCGACCAUUUCCGCGACCACCUGAGAGACUUCCACAAGGAAGACAUUGAGAAACGUGGAGUUGCCGCCAAGGAAGACUGGUUCGAAGGCCGCAAUGCUUCACACACCUGGUGGCGGUGCACCAAGUGCCUCAAGAGAGUCUACAUCAGCCGCCAGGGUUACGAAUGCCCUACUUGCAAGACAUCCCUGCAAGCAAAGCGAAAAGAGAUUCGCCGGCGAGAGUAA